CCCGAUGAGGAUGGCAGGGGAACUUGCGGUCUCCCUCCGCUGCACAUUAACGUGACGAAUGAAUGGCGUCAGAAAGUUAACGCCGUCGCGCUGCAACGCUGUCCACGUCGGAGUUUCCCGAUUGGGAAGGAUGUGGUGGUGUGAGCCCACCGUCAAGCCUAAACGCCGUCGCCGGGCUAAGGGCAGUGGUUGUCGACAUGCCCUUUCUGCGCGGGCCUGGAGCGAGUAUAUCUUGCCAGCCUCGCCCUCCCACUGUUCCAUCUCGACCCGUCAUCCGACAUGCUCAGCAAACCCUAUCCAGACAGCAGACAUUGAUCUCAUCCCAGUACACCCAAAGCCCUGAUUAUCCCUACUAGCCAUCUCUACGCCAGCCCCUGAGCCCCUUUCCGCCAUGGACCCCAAAUCCACCGCUGUCUCCUCCACGGCCACCCCCCAGCCCGAGGCAUCGCCCAAGAAGCAGGGAAGGCUGUCCAGCCUACUCCGCGGCAUGCGCGCUUCCGUCAAGCAAGGCAGGCGCGACAGCGAGACCUGCGGCGAGUCUCGCAGUUCCUUUGAGUCGACCGACACUGUCGACGAGCUAAAGGACGCGCAGACAAGGACGGGAUCCGCCACAGCAGCCGAUGCACACAAGAAGAUCUCAAGCCCCCGAAAACCCGCCAAGCAGCCCAUGACAAACAUGGAAAGACUCGCCGCCGGGUACGGCGCCUGGGUUCCCGAGAGGAGCGUCGAGCCACGCGCCGCACCAGCUCCGCAAGGCAGCACCGACGCCAAGAUCAGUUCUACAAGGGGCGGGCGGAGGCAGGUUUCUUCACUUGACAGACUUCUUGUCGGGCAGGGUGGUUGGGUGCCCGAGGAGCGGCGCUGAGAAGUCGGGUUUUGUUGAUGGCUACGAAACGCGGCGGCAGAUGCGGGUUGAUUUGUCGAGAUUGCGAUGCCACCAAUGGUUGUGGCAGAGGGUCAUUACUGCGUAUUCAUGGGCACAGAGAAACGAGGCGCGUAAGAGUAAGCGGUAUUAUUAUAAUAGCCAGGAGGCGAGCGCCCCGGAUUGUCAUGAUAAUUCCAAAGUGUAUGAUCCAAGAGAAUGAUGGAAGCCCACAGGGACAGAGGUCCAAGUAUCAGAACGCCGGCGCUAGCGAGACAGGAAAAGAAAGAAGCCAGACCUGUGUAAAGGCAACAUGGAUAGACACGGAUGAAAAGAAAAUCCCACAAGUCAUAAACGGGCGUUAAAAGCAGCCAGCCCAUCAACCGAGCGGCGUCAGGCCACCCCG